AUGUCUCAAGUUGGACAAAGCGGAGUCGUCUCACGAAGUUCAUCUGAUGUCGGGGCAAUAAUGGUGGAAGGAAGACCUAGCAGUAUUGGAAAUUCAACCGAAGUUACGAGCAUUGCGGGCAAAAUCAUUCAUCGUUCAAUAAGAACGCCAAUGAUGCUGGGGCCAUCAUCAUCAUCGAGUUCAGCCAGAAUUUUGUCAGGAAACGCGCAAAUAAUACGAGGUAUUCCACUACUUCCAUCAUCACUGGCGAGCUGCGGAACGAAUGUUACGCUGGACAACAAAAUUGACUCAAACAAAGCCGCUUCGAAAGUUCUAAGUGUAGCUUUGGCUGUAGCGAAAGGUGACGCGGCUCUUAAUGCAGAAAAUCGCUGUGUUGCUUUGAAAGCCUUUGAGGAUGUUCUCGAAGUUUGUGUCGACUCGUUGAGCUACUUCAUUUCAUUUUUGAAAAAGGAAGCUCAUAUUGAUCCCUCUGAGACUGAGAAGCUUAAGAAGCUUACGAAAGAGUUGAAUCUACUCGUUUUCGAGUCACCCGACUCACUCGUUCACGACUGGAAGAAUCUGCGACCCUCUCAGGAUAGAAUCCUGGGGGUUCUGUUCCCGGAGCGUUCAACAACAGUCGCCCCAAGCAAUGAACUCCUAUUCAAAAACAUCUUCAAGAGAUUCGACAAUGAGAACGACAUCUAUGAGCGUGAGCUUGAGAGGUAUGGUCAGGGAUCACCUUUGGUGGGGUACGAUGAAACACCAAUGAAGUAUAUCCGACACUAUGAAAAAUUGUUGAAGGCGAUGGGAUUUGUGAAAUACUCGGGGGAAUCCGCUACGGACCUUUACUUUGAAAGAGUUUGGUCUCGUUUCAGGCCCAUUCACGAAGCCCCAAAGGACCAAAUCACUCCCGAAGACCGCAUCAGUCUCUUCAUGUUGCACUUGGAUGGGAAAGUGUACAGGAAGGUGGAUGCCUAUAUCAGGGAUUACUCUGAAGACAAUUACAUCCGGAUGGUCAGAAUUAUGUUAGAAGACCAUGGACAUUUGUGGAGAAUUCGGCAGACGGUUUUCAAAGACUUGAAGAACCUUCCUCCUCCCAGCAAUCAAGUCAGUGAUGCUACACAUGCCAGAGAAUAUUAUCUGAGAGAGUUGCUUCAACUGCUAAGAAGGCUCAAGUAUCUGAAAACGGACAUGCAUGUAGUGCACAAGUGCAUUUGGCCCAGGGUGAAAUCGAAUCUCAGGCAUGAAACUCUGGAUUUUAUUAUCCAAAUGGAGCUUCAAAAGGUGUUCUCUGCCGAACAUGUACAUUGGGAGAAAAAUCCUGUGGAAUUUUACCAGUCGAUUUAUGAAACCUUGAGGCCCUGGCCUCUGUUGUUUGCCUGGCACGGAUUAUGUGCUUUCUUGUCUUCAAUCAACAUUCCUUCUCACCUGGACCAGCAUCUCAAGCAGAAUGGAGGACAGAGAAUCUUCCCUGAUUGUGGCAUGCAGCAGCAGAAGAGGACCUUAUCAAUGCUGGACAAGAAGGUGUGGAAAGCAUUCAUCCGAUGGUGUGACAGAAGAAUUGAUCAAGUUGCUGGGCUGUCAACUAUUUUUCAUCUGAACGUAGGGAGCAGAGCGUCUCCUGCUAUCAGGAGACGUCAUAUCUGAAAGCUGCUGUGAAGUGCUACUUUGUGUACAAAUAUUCUCUUCAGUUUGUUUGGGGGUCAAAUAAUCGUUUUCAUCCCAAGCGGGUAAUGUGUGAUGUAUACUGGCAAAAUUGAAUCAAGAUUCAGAGUUGAAAUUUGGGGUUUUUUGUUGCUGGGUUUUGUGUAUAUGGACGCUGAGUGUGGACAUUUAUAGGACGAAAUAAUCCCUGCGUUUUGAUUAGUUUGUUGGGGAAGGGUUUCUUUUUCUGUAAAAAACGAAAGAGCCAACUUAUACAAAUGAUGGUCUGAAAAAUAGAGAUGGGUUUUCCAUAAAUGGCAUGAAUAUUCGAAGUCUCAAAAAAGUGAUGGAUUUUCCUGUUCCUGGUUUUGUUGCAGGCUAUAUUUUACCUUGUUUUGUUGGAUUGAAUGUCAGCUGAACAACC